AUGAGGACAGAGACUGUGUGGGAGCCUAUCCAGCAAAACAGUAGAGAUUGUACAACAUGCACAGAUAACGAAGAUUUUAUCAAUCAUUCAAACACCCUCUCUUCUUGCCGACUCUGCUCUAAAUGCUCUCCUUCAGAUGAAGAAAUACCUCCAUCCACCGGGACUGAUGACAUACAGUGUCGGUGCAAACCUGGCACUUUCAAGGAUGCAAAUUCUCCUGAGAUGUGCCAGAGGUGCAGCCCUGGGUGCCCUGUUGGCAAGGUCGUGGCCAGGCCCUGUACCCCCUGGAAUGACACCGUGUGUGUGGACCAAGAAUCGGGUACGCUGGCCCUGGGGGAGACCACAGUUCCUGGAGAGCCAGUGACCACUACGCAGAAGCUACUCAAAUCUCCCUCCACAGGCAGUUCACUGCUGCCGCCUGUAUCUGUAGUCGCGCUUUUCCUGUUCACAUGUCUCGUAUGCUUUAUCUGUUAAGGUGAGGUUGGUGGGAGACGUGCAGGUGCUGGCACUCUCUGCUGCCUCCCUUGCUUCUUGCUUCUUUCUUGA